UGGUAGGGUCGCGUGCCUCGGGCGAGUUACCGGGCACGAAGCUGCGGGAGCGCGCGGGCACUGGCCCGCCGCGGAAUACUUGUGUGCUGCAGCCAAGAAGAAGGGUGAUGGAGGGGCGUCAAGAGACUGGGAAGGAGAGCAAGCCCUCCUCCGUAUCAGUGGACCUGCAGGGAGACAGCUCCUUACAGGUGGAGAUCUCUGAUGCAGUGAGCGAGCGGGACAAGGUGAAAUUCACCGUUCAAACCAAGAGCUGCCUCCCUCACUUCGCCCAGACGGAGUUCUCAGUCGUGCGACAGCAUGAGGAGUUCAUCUGGCUCCAUGACGCCUACGUGGAAAAUGAGGAGUACGCCGGCCUCAUCAUCCCCCCAGCCCCUCCAAGGCCAGACUUUGAGGCUUCAAGGGAAAAGCUGCAGAAGUUGGGUGAGGGGGACAGCUCCAUCACGCGGGAAGAGUUUGCCAAAAUGAAGCAGGAGCUGGAAGCGGAGUACCUGGCUAUCUUUAAGAAGACAGUUGCAAUGCAUGAGGUCUUUCUGCAGCGCCUGGCAGCCCACCCUACCCUGCGUCGAGACCACAACUUCUUUGUCUUUUUGGAAUAUGGACAGGAUCUGAGUGUCCGAGGAAAGAACAGGAAGGAGCUUCUUGGGGGUUUUCUGAGGAAUAUUGUGAAGUCUGCAGAUGAAGCCCUUAUCACCAGCAUGUCAGGGCUAAAGGAGGUGGAUGACUUCUUUGAGCAUGAGAGGACCUUCCUGCUGGAGUACCACACCCGCAUCCGGGACGCCUGCCUGCGGGCAGACCGUGUCAUGCACUCCCACAAGUGCCUGGCAGAUGAUUAUAUCCCUAUCUCUGCUGCACUGAAUAGUCUGGGAACACAAGAAGUCAACCAGCUAAAGACGAGUUUCCUCAAAUUGGCAGAACUCUUUGAACGACUAAGGAAGCUGGAGGGCCGAGUGGCAUCUGAUGAGGACCUCAAGCUGUCAGACAUGCUGAGAUACUACAUGCGAGACUCACAGGCAGCCAAGGACCUGCUGUACCGGCGGCUUCGAGCACUGGCUGACUAUGAGAACGCCAACAAAGCACUGGACAAGGCACGCACUAGGAACCGGGAGGUGCGGACUGCUGAGAGCCACCAACAACAGUGCUGCCAACGCUUUGAGCGCCUCUCGGACUCAGCCAAGCAGGAGCUCAUGGAUUUCAAGUCCCGCCGUGUCUCCUCCUUCCGCAAGAACCUCAUAGAGUUGGCAGAGCUGGAGCUCAAACAUGCCAAGGCCAGCACCCUGCUUCUCCGGAACACCCUUGUCGCCCUCAAGGGGGACCCUUAGUGCAGCCAGAGCCUACUUCAGAGCCUUUACUGGCAAAAGUCCCCCAGAUUCCCUACCCCAAGAUACCACCUCCCCAACCACAGCAGCUAUUAGCCAUGCCCCAUGAUCUCCCAGGGCAAGCCCAAGCCCCACUCCCACCCAAAAGUGCCAGGUCCUGCAAGAGGAAGCUAGGGCAACAUGGGUACCAUACUUGGGCCACAGGUAAGAACCCCAACCUAGGGGAGGCCAGGAGCCUGGACCUCCCACCUCUCCUGGAAUCUGAGAGGCUGCCCCCAGCAACCCUCUGCGCCUCCCCACCCCCCCCAAAGUUCGUUUGUCCCCAGCCUGUUCACAAAUAAAAAGCCUGCUUUUGGUAGCAAGGAGGCCUGCUUGUCCUUACUUCCCACAGCUCCAGGACCCACCAGGUACACCUUUACCCAGGGCAUUAUGGACACCGGACACUUGUGCACCACCCGCCGCAGUGUCAAAAAUAACUACUCUUCCUGCUUUCCACUUAGAGAUACUGGCAAGCUCCAAAGAACUAAGGAACCAAGUUUAACAGGCUUUCCCCCAGCCAACAGUUCAGGUUGGGGUGUGUAUGUAAUAAACCCUGCAUUCACACCCUUAGGGUGCGAUUUCUAGGAUACCUUUACCUCCCAGGCAGGCAAAAACCCAAUGUAGAUUGGAGAGAGCCUGCAGCAAUACUGACAAAAGGCUUGGGGCUCUAGCCAACACCCUCUUGGUUAAACACAGGGAGGUGGGACCCAAGACACUCCGGUCUGAAGUCCUGGGCUCCAGCUGGCUUGGCCCCACCCUGGACUCCAGUCACAUCUGCAGAAGGCCAAAGGCUCAUUGGCUUCUGACUCACAGCAGCCACUGGACUCGGCCCUCAUAGAUGAGUCAGACAUCCAUGAAAGAAGGCAGAGAAAAACCAGAAAGAACCCUGAAGACAGAACAGCUCAAGAA